AUGUGUAUUUCACUUCAAAUCGCUAUUUUGAGAUUUUCUACCGUGAUUUAUUUAUUUUUAUCAUUAGGAUUUUUCAGAUUGCAGCAUCUUACUUCACUACUUAAUCCGAUUCAUAAUAUUGUGGCUGCAGAGAAAUCGAUUGAAAAGGACAUUAUCCUCUUUAGAUUGUUGUUUUCUGUGAAUCCAAACGAACAUUGUCAACCGAGCUUCAAAUCAAUUUUACUGCUUAUUUCUUCAACAUCAUCUCAUCUUGUGACAGAAAAUCUGAUAUCGGUUCUUGGACCUCCAAUAAAAAAACGGUCUGGUUUGCGGAUUAAACAAGCAGGGAGAGGUUCAUACAGGGAUAUGGGGACUACACCUUUAAGGAGGUUCCUACAGAGUCUUUGCAACAAUUCUUGCUGGAAUUAUGCUGUAUUUUGGAGGCUUCAGCAACAAAGCCAAAUGCUUUUGAUGUGGGAAGAUGGAUAUUUUGACACAAUGAAAGUUCAAGAUUCCAUGGAAGACUUAUUUGCUGAGACAAUGUUCAGAAACUUAGAAGAAGAAACAUCUUCACAUAACACAUAUAAUGGAACUUCAGGUGGAGAUGCAGUUGAAACAACAGUUGCUUACAUGUCAACCUUUCAGUAUGCAUUAGGUGAAGGGGCUGUUGGUGGUGUAGCAUAUACAGGAAACUCUCACUGGAUUUAUGCAAACACUCCAUUUCCUGAGCUUCCAGAUGAAUGGUUAUUUCAGUUUGCAGCAGGUGUCAAGACUAUUUUACUUUUGCCUGUUACUCCACAUGGAGUUCUACAACUCGGGUCAUUACAACACCUUCCUGAGGAUGCACAAAUGUCCAACUAUAUCAAAAACGAAUUUUUCACACAUCAAGAUUUCAUGAGUUAUUCUGAUACUUUUUCAACAAACCAACAAUUUCCAUUUCCAUUUCUAUCUCAAUCAUCAUCAUCAUUCAUGAUGCAAAGCUUCAAUGAGUUCCCAUCAUUCAUGGAGAACAACAACAACGACAAGAGUUCUGAUGAAGUCAACUGGUCAAACCACAAUGGACCUAUGAUUACUGAUGUGGGCCCGUUCUUAAGCUUCCCUAAAGAAUGUGAGCUGCAUAAAGCUCUCGGGCCCGCUUUCAUGGGGCCCGCAGAUGAUUCUUUCCAGAAUCUUUCCAUUGGUGAUGAUAGUAAAAGUGAAAGUAAAACUAAAAGUAAAAGUAAAACCAAUGGAAUGGUUUUUUACAAUGAGAAUGUGGAAAGUGUUUUGGGAAAUAUGAAUCCUUGUAUCCAAACGAGUGGUGAAAGUUCACUUAGUAAUUCAUUUGGCCGAUUUUCUUCUUUGACAAAAAGAAAAAAUAUAAAUGAAAACGAAAAUGGUGGAUUUGAGGGAGAGAGUUCAGUAUUUAUAAAUGACCAUUUAGUCCCCGGGGUUUUGAGCAGGGUGACAAGUCAUAAUGAUAGCUGUUCACCUUCUGCUAUUUCAUAUGAGGGUGUAGGCGAUGUAGUGAAAGAUGAAGAAGAGCAAAAGAGUAGAGGGGCAAAACCGUCAAUUGUCAAUAAACGAAGGGGGAAACCGGGCUCUAAACAGAAAGCUAGACCUCGAGACAGACAAUUGAUUCAGGAUCGUCUCAAGGACUUGCGUGAACUUGUUCCAGAUGGAGCAAAGUGUAGCAUUGAUGGUCUGUUGGAUAGAACAGUAAAACACAUGCUCUUUUUAAAAAGUGUUGGUGAUCGUGCUAGCAAGUUGAGGCAGUUUGUUCAACCAGAGGGAGAGGGAAGCAUUGAGACAAAUGAUAUAACAUCUGAAGAAAAAGGUGGUAAAAAUGGGGCAAGUUGGGCAUUUGAAUUGGGAGGUGAUCUGAAAGUAUGCCCAAUAAUUGUUGAAGACCUUCAAUACCCUGGUCACAUGAUUAUAGAGAUGAUAUGCGAUGAGAGUAGUCGUUUCCUUGAGAUUGCUGAGGUGAUACAUGGCCUGGACCUCACAAUAUUGAACGGUGUGACGCAAAGGCGUUCGGACAACACGUGGGCCCGCUACAUUGUUGAGGCUCCAAGGGGAUUUCACAGAUUGGAUAUUUUUUGGCCAUUGAUGAAGCUUCUGCAACAGCAACAACAUAGUCCGAUAUCUAGCAAAAUUUGAUGUCAUCUAUAUUCCCAAUUAUGAAUUUGUGUUUUGUAUUGGUAAUUAUAAAAAGGUACUUGACUGUUGAUUUGAUUUCUAGUAUAAAACCUAGUGGCAUCGUAGAGAUGCACAUGACUGAGCCUUCUGACAACCUGUAACGUUAGUUCUUGUGAAGGUAGAGAGGUUCACAUCAUGGGGAGUGAUGUUAUGUAGAAAAUGAUUACAUGAUAUUAGAUAAUUAAUGGUAAUAAAUAAUGCUUGAAUGUUUUUUUGUUGUUUGAAUUUGAUAAUCAUAAGAAAGGUAAUGGAUCCAAAUCUUAGCAUGGGCACUAUUUUACUAUCAUUAGCUAACAGUUUUACAGAUAUCAACAAACAUGUAAUGUUUAGUUCAAUUCUCAUCUCUUUCAGUUGGUGAUUAUUACCGAUUGGUGAAGGUGUCAAAAUAGAAGAAUCAAAAUGGGC